AUGGGCGGGCAGCGUAACAAGCACUACGGCAAGAAGCGCAAGGCGCAGGACGACGCAGGCGACGUCGCGCCGGGCCACCUCACCAAGAACGACGAGUGCAAGAUCAUCGUGCUCAACUUUGGCCAGUGGUCUGAGAAGGACGAGCUUGUCAAGGUCCUCGAAGCCAGCGGCCAUACCUUCAAGGCUGUCCAGAAGCUCAACAAGCUCUCGUAUGGCUUCAUCAUCUACGAAGACAAGGCGCAGCGCGACGCGGCGCUGAGCGUGCUCGCCGAGAUCGAAUGGAAGAACGGUGAGAAGCUCGAGGUCAAGGCCGCGCUGCCCAAGCGCAGCUUGAAGCCGAUGGCCAAGUCCGAUGACGCGUCGUCGGGCGAGCCGGGUGCGCUCAAGACGGUCAUCGAGGCCGUGACGCCGUGGCACAACGUCGACUACGCCGAGCAGCUCGAGCGCAAGGAAGACGCGAUGAAGAAGGUGCUUGUCAAGAUCGUGCGCCAGACGCGCAAGGAGUUUGCGGACAAGCAGAAGCGCGUCCUCGAAGAACGCAAGCGCAUGCGCAAGCAGCAAAAGGUCGAGACGAUCCACGACGUCGUCGGCGGGCCGGCGCUCGAAGUGCCCGUGCCCGAGUGGCUCGAUGCGACCGGCUCGCUCUACCUCGUCGCCAACGAGACGCUCUACGAGCAAGUCCUCUCGUCGGUCGAGAAUCCGUGGGUUGCGCGCGCCAAGGCCGACGGCAUUAUCGGCCUCGUCACCUUUGCGUCCGAGCUCGUCGGUGUCCAUCGCGACGGGUCGCUGCACACGUACCAGAAGCACACGACGUCGUGGCGGUACCUCUCCAACGGCCCGACGGCCGCGGUGACCUCGCUCGCCUCGCUCCGCGGCCACCUCCUCUGCGCCACCGCCAACGGCGACAUUGUGCGCCGGGUCGUCAAGGGUCGGCGCGAUGUGAUCGAGUGGGUGACGCUCGCAACAGGCCUCGGCCACGUGUCGGCCAUGACCGUGCACCAGGGGUUUCUCUACGUGGCGGCGGCCGCGGGCUGGGUCAAGGCACCGCUCGGCCCGGAAGCCACGUCCGUGCUCGAGUUUGCGCCGGCGCCCGAGAUGCCCUACCCGCGCGUGCACGGCCUCACGUCCCAUGACGCCAAGCUCAUCUUUGUGCAGUCGACCGAGGAUGCCUCGCGCGUCGAGAUUGUCCACGUCGAGACGGACGGCACGCUCGUGAGCCGCACCAACAUUGACGCGGCGACGUCGAUCCAUGGCUUUGCCUCGCACAAGGGUUUGUGCUGCCCAAUGGAGCCGAUCGCGCCGUCGCCGAUCCUCGAGGGCUACCGCAACAAGUGCGAGUUUACCUUUGGCUACGAUGUCGAGCACAAGCCCGUGGUCGGCUUCCGUGUCGGCAUGUUCAAGGAAGGCGUCGUUGCGGUCGGCGCGGCCGACGACUGCAUCAACGUGCCGCAGGUCAUGAAGGACAUUUGCCGCACGUUCCAGGCGCACUUGGAGGCGUCGUCGAUGCCCGUCUAUGACGUCAUGACGCACGAAGGCGUGUGGCGCCUCCUGACGAUCCGCCUCUCGCAGCGCACGAACCAGAUCAUGCUCAUGAUCCAAGCCAACCCGAGCAGCGUCGAAGCGGAGGCGUGGGUCGCCGAGAAGAAGACGUUGGUCGAGACGCUGUCGGCAGCACACCCGACGAUCUCGUCCAUGUUUGUGCAAGAGUACACGGGCGUCUCGGCGCCGACCGAGGACCACCCGAUCGAGCACGUCUUUGGCGCGACGACCAUCGAAGAGGAGCUCCUCGGCCUCAAGUUCCGCAUCUCGGCGCAAGCGUUCUUCCAGGUCAACACGCCGGGCGCGGAAGUGCUCUACUCGCUCGUCAAGCGCUUCGCCGCCGCGAGUGAUGCGACGCAGGUCUACGACGUGUGCUGCGGCACGGGCACGAUCGGCAUCUGCGUCGCGCAAGACGCGCGCAAGGUGAUUGGCGUCGAGCUCUGCAAGGCCGCGACCGACGACGCUGCCGUGAACGCAGAGCUCAACAACAUUCGCAACAUCUCGUUCAUCAACUCCAAGGCCGAAGACGUCAUGAAGGAGCUGCUCAAGAAGAAGCCCGAAGGCGAAGGCGCCGAGUUCCUCAAGGAGGCCGUGGCGAUUGUGGACCCGCCGCGCGCCGGCCUGCACACCAAGGUGCUUCGCUCGCUCCGUGACACGCGCCCCGUCAAGCGCAUUGUCUAUGUGAGCUGCAACCCGACCGUCUCGCUCAUCAACGUACGUGCGGAUUCGGACAUGAUGGAUGCCACGACGCUGUGCGGUCCGUGCACGAGCAACCUCCGCGGCACGCCGUUCAAGCCCGUCUUUGCGGCGCCCGUCGACAUGUUCCCGCACACGGAGCACUGCGAGAUGAUCAUCGUCUUUGAACGUGUCGACGUGUAA